AUGAUGUUUCAAGCAAACUUGCAUUAUCUCUGCAUGCACAUUACACUUGAUUUGCCAUCUGAAGUUGAUUUCUCCAGCAAAAAAAGAUGGCACUUAGCUUUUGCUACAAUCUAUUGUUCCAGAGCUUUUGAAAUUAAGACCAGCACUAAAGCAUUACAUGGAGCUGCCUACAAUCCAAGAAAAGCACGUCAUGUAUCGACUGAUACAAUCGCAAUUGAUGUAGUUCAACACCACCCUUUUUUCUCAGGCAUUGAUCAGUCAAAUCUAUCUAAGCUUGUCAAGGAUAAAAACAUCGACAAACUUGCUAACCUUGGAGGUGUACAAGGUGUUGCUGCUUCUCUCAAAAGUGAUACAACUGAUGGUGUAAGCGGAGAUUCAGAAGAUGUUGCACGUAGACAUGAGGCUUUUGGAAGCAAUACGUAUUGUAAGCCACCUAGUAAAAGUUUCUUCAUCUUUGUUUGGGAAUCAUUCAAAGAUCCUACUAUCAUUAUACUUUUGCUCUGUGCUUCUCUGUCUCUUGGAUUUGGAAUUAAGGAGCAUGGACUGAAAGAAGGAUGGUACGAUGGAGGGAGUAUUUAUGUCGCGGUGUUUCUUGUCAUUGCUGUUUCGUCUAUUAGUAAUUUUAGACAAAACAGACAGUUCGAUAAACUUUCCAAGGUGAGCAAAAAUAUCCCAGUCGAAGCUGUUAGAAAGGGGAGGCGCCAACAGAUAUCGAUAUUUGAAAUUGUUGUUGGAGAUGUCAUUUGCUUAAAGAUUGGAGAUCAAGUCCCUGCUGAUGGGAUUUUGGUACAAGGUCAUUCUUUACAAGUGGAUGAAUCUAGCAUGACAGGUGAAAGUGAUCAUGUUGCGAUUAACCUUAGACAAAAUCCGUUCUUGAUUUCUGGGACAAAGAUUGCCGAUGGCUAUGGCAUGAUGCUUGUGACAUCAGUUGGAAUGAACACGACCUGGGGUGAAAUGAUGAGCCAAAUCAGCAGUGAUUCUAAUGAGCAAACCCCUCUCCAAGAACGACUCAACAAGCUUACUACAUCGAUUGGUAAAGUUGGGUUGCUAGUUGCUUUCUUAGUUCUUGUUGUCCUGUUGUUUACGCAAUAUAAACUGAUCGCCGAUCGCCGAUCGCCGGUGCAAUGCCUGUGA